CUGAAUGCGAGUAACUCCAAGAUUUUUUGAUUUAACUGGCCACUUGCCUUCCCCCACGAGACAUUAAGCCAGUAGCUCGCAUCCUAUCCGUUUAAUUUGAACGGCGAGUACAGUACCUUGCUAGACAGUAGACGCGAUGCGACGGCGCGCUCGCCGAACUUCUUAAAAUGGCGGAACGUUGGAGCGGCCAAGAAAACGUGAAAUUCGUUAACCUGUAUCGAGACCAAGAAAAUUUAUGGAAUUUGUUCGGUUCGGAAUAUAAAAAUAGAGAUGCACGGAGAACUUCGUUACAGCAUAUUGCUAAAGAAAUGAAUAUCCCAGGAUUCACUGAGAAAGAUGUAACUAAAAAAAUUAAAAAUUUGCGUUCAACAUAUAACCAAGAACUCAUAAAAAUUGAGAAAAGUAAGAAAAGUGGUAGUGGUACAGACGACAUUUAUAAGCCUUCUAUAAAAUGGCCAGAAAAGUCAAGGUUAUUUCUAGUUUCACUCUAGCUGGGAUAGCUUUACGCAUAAAUGUGUCACUGCGUUGAAUACCUGUAGCAAUUAAAUUUAAAAGAAUUUCGAACUGUGAAGGCGUCAAUCGCAUAACAGCUUGAUAUUCACAAGGGUCCUGAUAAUAUAGCUCUUUCAUAAUCAUGCUUGUAGCUCCUGAGGAUUUAUUUUGCAACCAAUUUCUGACCCAAAUCCGUCUUUUUCUUUUCAGAUCACUUUCCAUUUCUUUAAUCAACUCAUCACACAAAAUUAAGGAAAAAGAUUGUAUUACCUUGCGUAUCGCAAUUUUUACUUUCGACAUAUUUUGUUUGUGACCCGCAAGCUCACUGCCUCGCAGAAUUUUGAUACCGUACAGCUACUUAACUGGGUGUAAACGGGUGAGCAACUGCAUAUUUUGGUCCCCACUCGCCAAGUACAGCUACUGUUUACUGACCAGCCCAGCAACUGGCACUGUGUAAACUACCCUUAAGAAAAGGCUAGACGCGUCAUACCUGACAAAGGCCGCAAUAAUUUCCUUCUCUCUUAGGCCCAUCCCAUUUAUAUGACAGUGGCGUUUUUUACGAUUGUUCGGUAUUUUUAAGAUAGAAAUGCAAGUGCUAAAUAGACUGGCAACGCUGCAUGACUGCCGCAUGAUCUAAAUCAGAAUUCGAAGGGAAUCGUCGCGUAACCAUGGAUCUUUUACCAUUGCGAGUCCCUCUUCGAUGUUGCCAAGCAUUUACUUAGGAAGGAAAGUACGGUAAUAUUAUAAAUAAUUUGCGCUUAUGGAUGCGCAGAAGCAUAACCGACCGAAUAUCGGACAUUCAGCAUUUAGUAUUGUUCGUUGUUCAGUAUUUAGAUAGUGUGAUUUGUUGUGUUCGGUGUUAUUUUUAGUUUGUGCCAUAGUUUAUUCUACAGAUAGCGCCGUUUUUGAACAUUAGGGGCAAAAUCGUUUUAAAUAAUGUCCGCAAAAAAAGUUUGAAAGCAAGGUCUUAUUAUACGCAGCCAAGGACGAGAAAUCAUAAGCAAUAUUAUUAAUUUCAUGAAAAAAGAGGCAGAUGAAGGAGUUACUAUUCCUUUGAAAAAUUACAGGGAAAGAGUACUAGCUGCUACUGGGGUGUCAAAGUCUACUUUUCAGAAGAUAUCAAAAGAAGCUCAAAAAGUUGAGUGGGGAGGGCCAAGCACAUCUUUUCAAUCGCCGAAAAAAAUACGUAACACUAAAAAAAGAAAGCUGGAUCGUACCUCGCCAGAUCAGAUAAAAUCUAUGAGAGAAAUUAUCUACGAUUUUUAUGUACUGGAGAAGAGACUUCCUACGUUAAAGUGUGUUUUGCAGAAAAUUAAUGACCGGCAAAUCUUGACAGAAGCAAUAAGUAUAAGCAGCUUGAAUCGGCUCCUUAAAAAAAUUGGUUUCAGGUAAUAAUGGCUAACAGAAAAUGGAUUACCAGCAGACCCCAAACUAACAAAACCAGAACUAUACCGCAUUUUUGAAGAAAAUAAAUUUCGCUUCCACAUAAAGUACAAACUAAACGAACUGUUACAACAACAUGGGCACCGUGUACUACGUUUACCUCCUUAUCAUCCAGAAUUAAACCCGAUCGAAAAAAUCUGGACAUUAGUAAAAAAUUGGGUAGCUGCGCACAAUACAACAUUUAAACUGUCCGAUACGGAGGCACUCGCUAGGCAAAAAUUUGAGGAGGUAUCAGAACAAGAGUGGUAUAAUAUUUGCCAACAUGUUAAAACAUAUGAGAAUGACCUUAUACAAAAAGAGCACAUAUUAGACCACACUCUAGAUCACUUAAUAUUUACAGUAAAUACGGGUUCAUCGGAAGAAAGUGAGGACAAAAACAGCGAGGAUACUGAUAGUUCAUUACAGGAUGAACUAGGAUGUUCGUCUCUAGUUUCGGAUAGCGAAUAAUGUUUUUUUUUUUUAAUUAACGACAUAGAUAA